GUGAGCGGACAGGCAGAGCAGAUGCUGUGUACAUACACAGGGAAGCCUACACUUAAUACAGCAGGAGAAACAGAGAAGAAUCUGACAUUUUUAGAAGCUAUGGGCAUAAGCCUGAAUGCACUAAGUUUGGAUAAGUUUGGAUAUUCAAUGACACUUCUAGGAAAAGGAGCUAUUUUUGAGAUUUCUUUCAUGUGGCACUAUAAAUGGAUUAUAAUCAGCGAUGUUUAGCUUGCUACGCAGAGUAUUGUGAUCACCUCAGGACAUAUCUACUGUUUUGAUCCUUAUCUUGCGGCCCCUGGGGGCCUUUGAUCAUGACAUCAGCGUGGUCCUUGAUGUGGGUUGUGUGUGGACUGACGGUGUGGAUUUCCCACACUCACGCAGCCUCAGUGAACCCCAAUCUGCUCAUGACCACUUCUGAUCCAACCACUGUCGAGCAACCAAUCAAUCCAGAGCAUCCGACUGAACCUUCAGAUUUAUUCAGCAACAAUGACACAGCAGCCUCAGUGAGUUCCAUUCUGCUCAUGACCACCUCUGAUGCAAGUACUGAAGCACAAUCAACCACUCCAAAACAUCAGAAUGUCUCUACAGAUCCACCCAGCAGCAACAACACAGGACUUGCGUGCAUCUCUGUGCUUCCCCCUCGACGGGGAUCAUACUAUGUGGAGCACGGCACGGGGGUAUCUGUGGGCUCCAUGCUUGUGUUCUGGUGUAAGGAGGGCUACCAGCUGGUUGGCCAUGAGAAAAUCACAUGCAUCCUACAUGCGGGCGUCCCUCGAUGGAGCAGCUACCUGCCAGCAACUUUGUCCAUUUCCAUUAAAUGUAUCCCUCGGCCAAAUGACCAGGGACUUCGCGUUGCUUUACUGGUGUCUGUUGUGAGCGGGGUGGUCAUUCUUGUCAUGACUGUGUGCUUCAUCGUCUGCUGUUGUCAAGAGUGCAUGAGGAAAAAGAAGGAAAAGCAUCGGAUGGGUAGAAGCAGGAGAAGAGAAACACGGAGUUCUAGGUCUCGGAGGAGCCCGUCCUGGUUGGAGCGAGAGCAUAUAGACUGGGAGGCAUUCCCUCCACCUAAACUUUUCAGCCUGUCCCAGCGUCUUGACCGACCGCUGCCCCCUGGUAGUCCUGUUCAUUCAGAGGUCAUCAGAGCCUAUGAGAACAGAGGGUAUGAGAGGAGUCAGGAGAGUCUGCUGAGAAGCCCCCAUAGCACAUACCCUUCUUACCAUCCCAACAGUCAAAUCUACCCAGCCCUGGUUUUCCAGAGGGUUCAAACUGAGCCAAACCCCUCCACCUCUUCUACCUCCCCAGUUUACAUACAGAUUUCAACACCUCCCAAAAACAAGACCCCACAAGCCCCUACUGUCACCCACCCACAGACUUGUCGCAACAUAGAUGCAACCAGUAGUCAUUCUUCUCAUCAGCAGCACUGAAUGUGGCCAAGACAAUACAGACAACAUUGCACAGCUGUGGUGGUCAGAUUUAACUGGUCGGUGUAACCAGAAGCACUUUGAUAUUUUUAAUGUUGAUGAUGUCUUUUAAUAUUUGCUAUAUUGUAAAUAUAUUCCAUUUUGAGGUGGACCUGUUUAUUUUUGUCAGAUCUUUGAUAGCACUAAAGAUACCUAAUUUAACCAAACAAAAUG